UCAGCCAGGGAUCCGAGAGCGAGAAAAUGAAGCUCAAGAGCCUCCUGCUCCGGUAUUACCCUCCAGUCUUCAGUGAGCCACAUUAUAUGCAAGUUUUCAAGAUACUAAUGAAUAGCGGGAAUUAUGCUGGAAUAUGAAAAAAGUGGGGAAUUAAAGACCAGAUCUAUAGAUUUGCUUGAGCUCAGCCCUAGUACUGAUGUCAGUGCUUUGGUGGAAGAGAUCAAGAGAGCAGAACCUUUGAUCACAGCCUCACGGACAGAGCAAGUCAGCCUCUUGGUGCAGAGAUUGCAGGAGAAGCUCAGAGAGAACAGCAACCACAGCUUCUACCUGUUUAAGGUUCUCCGAGCACACAUAUUACCAUUGACUAAUGUCGCACUUAACAAAUCAGGUUCAUGCUUUAUCACGGGGAGCUAUGACCGGACAUGCAAGCUCUGGGACACUGCAUCUGGAGAGGAGCUGCACACCCUGGAAGGUCACAGGAACGUGGUUUACGCCAUAGCAUUCAACAAUCCUUACGGUGACAAAAUCGCAACUGGGUCCUUUGAUAAGACUUGUAAACUGUGGAGUGCAGAAACAGGAAAAUGUUACCAUACUUUUAGGGGGCACACAGCAGAAAUAGUGUGCUUAUCGUUCAACCCCCAAAGCACUCUGGUGGCUACUGGAAGCAUGGACACGACGGCCAAGCUGUGGAACAUCGAGAACGGAGAGGAAAUGUGCACCCUGACGGGACAUUUGGCAGAAAUCAUUUCCUUGGCAUUUGACACCUCUGGAAACAGAAUCAUCACUGGGUCCUUUGACCACACAGUUUCAGUGUGGGAUGCUUCUACUGGGAGGAAGGUGUUCACCCUCAUUGGCCACUGUGCAGAGAUAAGCAGUGCCUUAUUCAGUUGGGAUUGCUCGCUGAUACUGACUGGUUCCAUGGACAAGACCUGCAUGUUGUGGGAUGCCACCAAUGGGAAAUGUGUGGCAACCUUAACAGGCCAUGAUGAUGAAAUUCUAGACAGCUGUUUUGAUUACACUGGAAAGCUUAUUGCAACUGCCUCAGCUGAUGGAACAGCCAGAGUUUACUGUGCAGCCACAAGAAAAUGCAUUACCAAAUUGGAAGGCCAUGAGGGUGAAAUUUCAAAGAUUUCUUUCAACCCGCAAGGGAACCGGCUUCUAACUGGCAGCUCUGACAAAACAGCCCGAAUCUGGGACGCGCAGACUGGCCAGUGCCUGCAGGUCCUCGAGGGACACACUGAUGAAAUCUUUUCAUGUGCUUUCAACUAYAAAGGCAACAUAGUCAUCACAGGUAGCAAGGACAAUACCUGUAGGAUAUGGCGUUGACUGGAG